CGCAUAUGCAGAUGAAACUCGUGACCGCGUACACGGCCUCAUGCGCGUUACUAUGAGUAAAGGUUGCCAGCGUUUUCACUGCAUGUGCGGAGCCUCGCGCCAGUCCGGCUUGUGUUUGUCUUUUUCGUCGAUUGUCGCACUUCUCACGCGCUCAUGUUGUCCUUUCUGUCCUCUUGACUUCUGCUGUUUGUCUCCGGGGAGAUGUGUCGCUUGCAGGGAUGAAAGUCGAGCAUUGUUGGGGUUCGUGUCUCGUGAAACUUUUUGUUUCCUGCUGUCUCUGCACUCUGUUCCGGGAAUCGAGGCGCGGCUAUGUCGGCGUCAAUCGUGACUUUUCGGCUUCUUUUUCUGGAGAGGAAGGGCAAAGGAGAAGCGGCCUGAGUUACGCUCGGUGAGAAGAAGCAGGAGUUUCAGAUUCCAGCUCUGUGGACGAAAGUGAGAACGUAGAGCGGGGCAAGCAGAGCGCUCAGAGGUCCGGCGCCAGGGAAAGAGAACCACGGAGGCAGAGAGGAAAGGAGGGGAAAUAGAGGAGAAAAAAGACAGGUAGUGAGGAGAGGAGGACCGGAAGACGAGCGUGUGCAAUGCUCGGGCAGAAGAAACGGUUUUUGCCCCGUUUUUCGACGCUGUGACGCAACAAGGCACUACACAGACUCAGCGGUACCGGUCCACCAUUCUUCUGCUUUUCCCGCUGUUUGAAGCUUCCAAUUACUCGGCCGUUUCGCUGUCUCUCUCUAUUUUUUCGCCCGGAAAAAGGACUCGAUUUUUUGCAUGUGCCUGUGCGUUCUUUUCUUCACCAGUGUUGCUCUUGCAAGGAUCUUCCAAGGAUAAAUUCAGACAGAUUGGCAAUCGCGUUCACAGAGCGCCUGUGCGUUUCCUCGAAAAAACGUUUCCCCCUCUUUCCAGCCUCUCUUUCUUCUCCACUCAGACCUACGGACGCCAAGAAGAGCAUCGCUUUCCCGUUCUUCCCUGUAUCUCCCUUUUCUCUCUUCCCUCUCUUCCCUUUCUUCCCUCUCUUCCCUCUCUCUCCUCUCUCUCUUCCCUCUCUUCCGUCUCUCCUCUCUCUCUUUCCUCGCUUCUGUCUCUUCUGUCUCCACUUCCCCGCGUUCUCUCCUCUCUCGCCUCUCUUUCUCGCCCAUUUGCGAGUGUCUCGCCGACCGUCCCGUUCCUCUGUUUUCUCUUCGUUUGCCAAGAUGGCCUCUGCAGCUUCUUCCUCUCUCCAGGGAGGGGGGUCGAGUUCUUCUUCCGCGGGCGCUGCGGGUGUCUCUUCGGGGCGCGCGGGGCGGGGGCGAACGGGUCCGCAGCAGAACGCGGCGGAUCUGAGCUACCGGGAAGCGGCGCCGUUUCUUCCUGCGAAAAUUCAGUCCGCAACUCCCCUGCCGCACGUGACUUUGAUAAAGGUUCCGCCCUUCGUGGCAGCUGCUUGGCGCGCCGCAGAGAAGCAAACGGUCGUAGGGGUGACUUACGGAGAUCCGAAGUCGAAGAAGAAGUGCAUCUUCGGCAUGGCGGAGCAACGCAGCGAGGCGGGGCGGGCGUCGGAGAAGGGCGAGGCCCCGGGCCAAGAGGCCCCGGGCCAGAAGACCCGCGCGCCGGCACCCACCUGCCAUCUUCAGUGUGCAUCUGUGAAGCCGAACAAGCUGUUCGUGCUGCAGCAGCAGAGCGGCGCUUCCUUUCCGGCUGCUGCAGACGUCCUCUGCGUCGUGGAAGAGUCGUCGAAUUUCGUUCCGCUUCUCGACCAGACCUACCACACUUUCUUGCGGAGGAGACACGAAACCACGGACGUCUUCAAGACGCGCGGAACGAUCGAGGAAACCCGCAGAGACACCGGAUUCGACUCCACUGCAACUCUCUUCCACUUCCACACACCAAAGCCUGCGGCUGCGAGCUCGGCAGGAGUUGCAGAAGAAGACGACGAAUUCUCCAUGCUGGGAGGUCGUCGCGGUGGCCUGAGCGCGGCAGAGGCUGCGCGGACGCGGACGGCGAAACAGAAGAAAGCGGUGGUCACGAUUGACGAGGAUUCACUGAAACUCCGGCUUUUCUCGAUUUUUGAAGCCGCUGGAGCGAACGGGCUGCAGCUGAAGCAAAUUGCGAUGCAGACGGGCCAGCCAUUGUCCUUCGUGCGGCAAGUGGUCGAAGAAAUAGCGGAGCCGAGGAAGCGCGCGAGUGACAGGAAAACCGUGUUCUUCUUGAAGGAUCAGUACAAUCCAUAUGCUUCUCUAACUGGAGAAGAACCGCUGGCAAAGAAACCGAAGCUAACUUAAUUCUCUGUCGUCAAUGCAGUUGCAAGCAGGGGAAUCUGACUGCUCUACAGGCGCUCUCUGGUCUCCCGCAACUCUCAACUAGAACUAACGUACAUUUCUGUACAUGCGCACAUGCAUGUAUAUAUAUAUAUAUAUAUAUAUAUAUGCAUGCACGUACUGUCUCUUGCAUGUUUAAUGCAUGGAGAGGAAAGGGGACGCGGGCGAGGCGACGGGGAUGAUUGCGCAACUGUCUUGCGUCGUUGUUUGUCUGCUUUCUACAAUCACUUUAAAAGAGAUGUUGUAUUGUGCACGCGGUGUGUGGCAACUUUUCGGUUCUUCCACUCGCAUGAACGAAAAUCCCUUCGUGAGGUUUGCCUGCGUUUGGCGUUGGUUUUCUUGCGCUGGCUGCCGUAGGGAAAUUACAACGUCUGUGCAUCGGGUAAACUGAGAGGCUCUUGUGUGUCAUCAGAAAGGGGGUCAAAUGGCGACAGCUUAUCGCCGAUCAUGGCAUGAGCUAGGCACAGUCAAGCGUUGAAUGAGGAUAGUGAAGGCAGGGGAAACAAAGGAAGCGAGAAGGUAGACAGGAAAUAUUAAGGGGAAGAUGAAAGGUGAUCGUUUUCUGUUUCCGCACUCGCAGACCUGUUUGUUGCUGCAUUUUCCUUUUUUCGGAUAUUCUCUUACCAUCGACGGAUACUUCUUGGAUGACAGAACCGUAACGUAGCAUCCGUCAAGCAACUCUAAUUCACUUGCGUGUAGUACGUAUGAACGAAGUUAUCUACAUGAAUCACUGACAAGCAUGUACACUUACCGUACACCGCCUGCGCCUCGGAUUCAGGGAUAAUUGCGGGACAAGAAAUGGCCAUCGUGAAUUCUUGACUGCUAAAACCGAUGCAGGAGUGAAACCGCCUCGUGUCAUUCACCUCAAAAGUACGUGCAUUGUGAGCCGCACUGCUUCUCCCGCAUUCAG